ACAAACCUGGUACUUAUUUGUUGGUGGUGAGGCAAACAUUCAACUUGGUAUGGUUCCAUGGUAUUCCUUUCCCAUGUUCUCAACAAACAUUCUCUCAAACUCAAACUUCCAACACUCACAAAAAACACCCACUUUUCUUCUUCAUUCUCUUCCUCUUCAAACACUCACAUUCACAGUUACACUCACACUCACACUCACACUCACACUCACCCAAACCUUCUCCAUCUCUGCACCCUUUCCAACACCCUUCUCCAAACCAAGCAACUCCACGCCUUCGCCGUUCUCAACGGCUUCCUUCCCCGCAGUGUCUCCCUCUGCACCUCUCUCAUCCUCCAAUAUGCCACCUAUGGACACCCUUCCACUUCCCUUCUUCUCUUCCAACGCAGCGUUGCAUAUUCCCGCACUGCCUUCUUGUGGAACACUCUCAUCCGUGCCUACUCCAUUGCAGGUGUGUUUGAUGGGUUCAGUAUCUACAACGCCAUGGUUCGUUCUGGGGUUAGGCCUGAUGAUCACACCUACCCUUUUGUCCUCAAGGGGUGUUCUGAUUGUGUGGAGAUUGAUAAGGGUAGGGAGGUUCACGGGGCUGUGUUUAAGCUUGCUUUUGACGGGGAUGUCUUUGUUGGGAAUACCCUUUUGAUGUUGUAUGGUAAUUGUGGGUAUGUUGUUGAUGCGAUGAAGGUGUUUGAUGAAAUGCGUGAGAGGGAUAGUGUGUCUUGGAAUACUGUUAUUGGGUUGUGUUCUGUUAAUGGGUUGUAUCAGGAGGCGCUUGGUUUUUUCAGAGAGAGGCAUGCGGCUGUGCCGGUGAUUAGACCGGAUUUGGUUACUGUAGUUAGUGUGUUGCCGGUGUGUGCAGACACUAAGGAUGAAGUGAUGGCAAGGAUAGUGCACUGUUAUGUUACGAAGGUUGGUUUGUUGAACCAUUUAAAGGUCGGAAAUGCCUUGAUUGAUGUUUAUGGGAAAUGUGGGAGGGAGAAGGCUUCGAAGAAAGUUUUUGAUGAAAUGGACGAGAGAAAUGAGGUUUCUUGGAAUGCUAUUAUUACCAGUUUUUCUUUUAGAGGGCUCUACAGGGAUGCUUUGGAUGUAUUUAGGCUGAUGAUUAAUGGAGGAAUGAGACCAAACUCUGUUACGCUUUCCAGUAUGUUACCGGUAUUAGGAGAAUUAGGACUUUUUAAGUUGGGAAUGGAAGUCCAUGCAUUUACCUUAAGGAUGGGUAUUGAGUCUGAUAUUUUUAUUGCUAAUUCAUUGAUAGACAUUUAUUCAAAAUCGGGAUCUUCACGUGUAGCAUCCACUAUAUUUAAUAAUAUGGGAGACAGAAAUGUUGUCUCUUGGAAUGCUAUGGUAGCGAAUUUUGCUCAGAACAGGCUUGAGUUUGCAGCUGUAGAAUUAGUGAGGCAAAUGCAAGCUCAUGGAGAAACCCCAAACAAUGUAACCUUCACAAAUGUUCUUCCAGCUUGUGCAAGAUUAGGUUUCCUGAAGGUUGGAAAAGAAAUUCAUGCCAGGAUGAUUCGGGUUGGAUGUGCAUGUGCCUUUGAUUUGUUUGUCUCUAAUGCUUUGACAGACAUGUAUUCAAAAUGUGGAUGCUUAAACCUUGCUCAGAAUGUCUUUAAUAUUUCUGUGAGGGAUGAAGUUUCCUACAAUAUACUAAUAAUGGGCUAUUCAGAAACAAGUGAAAGUUCUGAGUCUCUAAGUUUGUUUUCAGAAAUGAUACUCUCAGGCAUGAGGCCUGAUAUUGUUUCAUUCAUGGGUGUUUUAUCAGCUUGUGCAAAUCUAGCUUCCUUAAAGCAAGGCAAAGAGAUCCAUGGGCAGCUGGUAAGAAAGCUUUUUCACACUCAUCUUUUUGCAGCAAAUUCCCUCUUGGAUUUGUAUUCUAAGUGUGGUCGAAUAGAUCUGGCUACUAAGGUCUUUGACCAUAUUCAAGACAAGGAUGUUGCCUCUUGGAAUACCAUGAUUUUGGGCUAUGGUAUGUUAGGUGAAUUGGACACUGCAAUUAGCCUUUUUGAAGCAAUGAAGGAAGAUGGUGUGGCAUAUGAUUCAGUUUCCUUUAUUGCCGUUUUGUCAGCAUGCAGUCAUGGUGGGCUAAUUGAGAAGGGGAAGGAAUACUUUAAGAAGAUGCAGGAUCUUAACAUUGAGCCAACACAUAUGCAUUAUGCUUGCAUGGUUGAUCUCCUUGGAAGGGCUGGUCAAAUGGAAGAAGCUGCAAACCUUAUUAGAGGCCUACCUAUUGUACCGGAUGCAAAUGUAUGGGGUGCACUGCUUGGAGCGUGCCGAAUAUAUGGGGAUGUAGGAUUGGGCCGCUGGGCCGCUGAGCAUUUGUUUGAAUUAAAGCCUCAACACUGCGGGUACUAUAUACUCCUUGCAAAUAUGUAUGCAGAAAUUGAAAGAUGGGAUGAUGCAAACAAGGUCAGGCAAUUAAUGAAGUCAAGAGGAGCUAAGAAAAAUCCGGGCUGCAGUUGGGUUAAAGUUGGAGACAAGAUGCAUGCAUUUCUAGUUGGUGAGAAAAUAGAGAGCUUAGAUGCUGACUUCUGGCUAUCAGAAUGUUAAAUUUGUUUCGUAAGAGGAUCCUUAAGGUACUGUCCAUCAAGUAAAUUGUUGAGUGUGCUGGAUAAAUAUCUAGAGGACUAUACAGUGCAAACUGAAUUGUGAUUUUUUCUUGGGGGGAUACUGUACUUACUUAUUUACUUCAAAAUUUUAUUUAUCACA